AUGGAAACCGAACAAGAAUGGCACUUUGUCAAGAACUUAACCAAAAAGCGAAAAAAGAAACGUUGGUUUAUUGGCUUGAAAAGAGGUACUGGGUCUCAUACGUGGUGUUGGUUGAGUGAAAGAAUACCCUGCAUUAACGUGACGUCAACUGGAACAUGGCGUUGGACUAUGGGAGAACCAAACAAUUUAGAAAGAGAAAAAUGCGGAGAGAUGACGAAAAACGGAAAGUAUAACAACAUAAGGUGCCAAGGAGAGAGUUAUGAUGACAAUCCAGGAUAUAUAUGUGAAAAACAAGUCAGUAAGUUCAUGAUUAUACCGAAGCUAUGUUGACCCAAUUUAAAAUAACAGUAAGACAAAAAAGUUGAAAGCGAUCUUUGAUUUUGAAGCGAGAAACUCGUAUUCAUAUUUUCUUUCUAGAUUGUUCCACCACAUUCAACAAUUCAGAAAAUGGUGAUAUUUUCAUUGAGAGAGCAUCAAGACCUCGAUCAACCCCCAAACCGUUAGUGACAAAGACAACGUUCACCUCACUCAGAACUCAAUUGACAGAUACUCGGAAUGAGCUCCUUUCAGAAGGUAAGACU